AUGGUGCAAUAUCAGCACCUGGCGGUCAAAACUGCCUUGGUCCUUGGACUGCAAGCCAUCUGCGCCAAUGCAGCCCCUACGACAGCUGCAGAUGAGAAUGCGACCGCUUACUUUCCACUGCUCGACCGAAUCGCCGAAGGCCACUUCGAUCAUGCUUCGACGGACCAAGAUCUCUACGACCUAUUCAAGAAGACGCUACAAGAAGAAGGACAUCUCGCCAAAGCAGAAGACGUCUCUUCGUUCGACUACGCCUUGUCUAUACAUGCUGCUGCACCAAAGAUUGAGGCACACUAUCAAUUCUACAAAACCACAGUAGAGCCUACGCUCAAGAACCGCUUGGACAGGAACUGUGAGACUUGGCUACACUUUAAUGGCCAACAAUAUUGCGAUGCCGACCUGUCGAGCUCAUCAGGAAACUCAGUAGAUCAGGAGUAUGCCAAAGACUGUUCUUCGAAUGAUUGUCAAAAUGCUGACGUUCUGCAGNNCCGCAUACUAGACCUUCCAUUCGACCGCAUCAUGGGUGAUAAGCAGAGCAAGACGCCUGCCAUUCUCUACGCAGAUCUUAUGUCUCCUUCUUUCCGCCAAUUUCACAAGACAGUCGGUCUGACUGCCAAGUCUGGAAAGACAUCAUACAGAGUGAGAUACAGACCUUCUUUAAGCGUGCCUGGAUUCCCGCUUGCUGUUAGUGGAUACGGUAUAGCCCUCGACUUGAAGAGGACUGAUUACAUCGUCAUUGACGACCGCAAGGCCGAUGACUCGGAUGAUACAGACAACAAUGCUUCUAGCGCUAAGUUGACGGACGAGGAUAUGACUGAUCUCAAGCCACUAUCAUCCAAAGAGUUGAUUAGACUGGACAUGAGAGCGUCCAGCUUUGUCAUGGACAGUGCAGAUCCAUUCGAGACUUUAUUGAGACUCACCCAGGACUUUCCGAAGCACUCGGCAGCCAUGUCUACUCACGAAGUUUCGGAGCAGUUCAGAAAGGAGCACCUGGCCAAUCGGGAAGUCUUCUUGCCAUCGGGAUACAAUGUCAUCUGGGUGAAUGGUCUCCAGAUUCUGGCUCGUGACUUUGAUGCUUACGCUAUGCUCGAGCACUUGCGCCGUGAGCGUAAGUUGAUCAAUAGUGCUAGCGAGCUUGGCCUGACUGGAAGAGAGGCCGUGCAGCUCUUGUCACAUUCUUCAAUCUCGGAAGCUGCCUCAACCCAAGAGCCUCAGCGUUAUGACUGGAGAGAUGAGCUUGAAGGUGGCAGAGUUAUCAUCUGGUUGAAUGAUAUCGAGCAUGACAAACGUUAUGCCGAAUGGCCAUCUCAAGUCAAAGCAUUGCUGCAACGAACAUAUCCUGGACAACUGCCUCCUGUUCGUAAAGAGAUCCACAACCUUAUUCUUCCAAUCGAUUUCGCCAAUUACAAGGACGUAGACAUGGUCGUUGAGAGCUUGCAAAGCUUCGUGAAGAGAAAGGUCCCUAUUCGAUUUGGUCUGGUACCCAAGACGUCCUCUACUGCAUCUUCGGAACAAGCCAAGGCUGUAUAUCACUUGCUCGAUACCUACGGUCUUGGUGUUGCUCUACAUCAGGGCCGAAAACUCUCUGGUCCAGUGCAAUCCGUAUUCGAAGGUACGACCAAGGGUAGUAAGAUCCGUAAGGAUCGCAUUGCAGCACCUUUGCAAGAGGUCUUGCAGAACGACGACUCCAACACACGUGUUGCAUCUGCACAAAAGUAUCUUGCCCGUCUGGGUGCAUCUGGACCCACUCCGCCUUUCUUUGUCAAUGGUAUUCCUCUGCCAAUGUCUGAUGAAUGGCUUCAAGAGAUGAGCCAACGCGUGAGCACGGACUUGCGUACUGUACAGAAAGCCGUCUUCGAGGACGAACUCGAUGAUGAGAGCUACGUUCCUGAAGUGUUCUUGUCUCGUGCAACCACUCGUCGUAAUCCAUGGAUCAUUCCUGAAGAUGAAAACAGCAUUCGACAAGUCAAUCUGGCAUCCAUCUCAGAUCUGAACGAAGGAGCAAUCGGGUCGAUCCCCAGCUUGCCGGCCAGUAAGGACACCGUCUCAAACGAUCUCGUCCACCUUGUCGUCAUAGCAGACUUUGACUUGGAAUCUGCUCAGCGUAUGCUUUCAGAACUUAUUGUCUUACGCAAAGAAGAAUACGACCAGGUUGAGAUCCUACUCAUUCACAGCUCUACUGAGCCACUGUCAACCUCAAGCUUUGCGGUUGACUUGUUCAAGACCAUGAUCCAGGGUUCUGUUGUCACAUUGGAUGCCUUGGAAGCGCUGAUGUCAAAGGGCAAGGUUGCCGUUUCCGAAGAUGAUGUUGUCGCAGCUCAGGCUUUCUGGUCAUCGGCUGACAGAUUCCUCAAUGAUGUUGCUUUCAGCGUCGGCGAACAAGGACUCUUGUUGGCAGGUCGGGUCGUUGGGCCAAUGCCAUCUUUCGAAGGAUUCGGCCGUGACGACUUUGAGACGCUCUUGUCGUAUGAACGCAUGAAGCGCUUGAUGCCAGCGGCUCAAGCUAUCAAGGGUGUCAACAUCGUAGACAAGGCCAAUACCGCCUUAUCAUUCUCCAAGUUGUCGAACUUGAUCGCGCUAUCAUCGAAGUCGGACGUCCCUGAAGGCAUGUUUGAUUCUGCUCCUCCUGCUCGAGCAGACGUUUUUAGUGGCUGGACUGGCUCGCACACCCUUAUAGAGCGCGGCGAUCUCGAGUCUGCAACUGUUCAGAUUGUCGCGGCUGUGGACCCCGCAUCUGAGACAGCUCAACGUUGGGUCCCCAUUCUCAAAGUCCUCUCCGAGCUUUCUGGUGUUCAUCUGCGCCUGUACUUGAACCCAAAGGAAAGACUGGACGAGCUACCUGUGAAGCGUUUCUACCGACAUGUGUUGGAGUCAAAGCCUAGAUUCGGUAAGCACGGCUCUCUUGAAGGCACUCUAGCCCACUUCGAAGGUCUUCCCGCAGACGCCCUUCUUACAAUGGCCAUGGACAUGCCACCUGCAUGGCUUGUUGCACCCAAAGAUAGUGUCCAUGAUCUCGACAACAUCAAGUUGAGCUCGACUCAAGGCAGAGAUAUCGAGGCCACCUAUGAGCUCGAGAGUAUCCUCAUUGAAGGUCACUCCAGAGAUGCGACUAUUGGUACUGCACCUAGAGGAGCUCAGCUUGUGCUUGGUACGAACAAAGAUCAGCACUUUGCCGAUACUAUCAUCAUGGCGAAUCUAGGCUACUUCCAGUUCAAGGCCAAGCCUGGCUUCUACAACCUCACCUUACAGAAGGGGAGAAGCGAGGAGAUCUUCAAGAUCGACAGCGCUGGCACUCUGGGCUACAGUCCUCAAACAGGCGACGAGAUGACUGAGAUUGCUCUUACCAGCUUCCGAGGUGCUACCAUCUUCCCUCGCCUCUCUCGCAGAUCCGGAAUGGAGGAUGAAGACGUUCUUGAAAGUGCCAAAACACCGACUGACCAUAUCACUGACAAGGCUGAUAAGAUCCUCGCCAAGGUUGGUCUUGGUAGCGUGAAAUCUGGCGAAGUCCUUUCCAAAGCUCAGAAGUUUGGCUCAGGCCUGCUUUCCGGAUCGUCUGGAUCUACCACUGAUAUCUCGACUCUACCCCAUGCCGACAUCAACAUCUUCUCGGUUGCUUCUGGCCACCUCUACGAGCGCAUGUUGAAUAUUAUGAUGCUCUCGGUCACAAAGCACACCUCGCAUACUGUCAAGUUCUGGUUCAUUGAACAGUUCCUGUCUCCAUCCUUCAAAGCCUUCCUCCCCAUCAUGGCCGAAGAGUACAACUUCCGCUACGAAAUGGUAACCUACAAAUGGCCACACUGGCUGCGCGGCCAGAAAGAGAAGCAACGCGAGAUCUGGGGCUAUAAAAUCCUCUUCCUGGACGUCCUGUUCCCUCUGGAUCUCGACAAAGUGAUUUUCGUGGAUGCAGACCAGAUUGUCAGGACAGACAUGUAUGAGCUUGUCACUUAUGAUCUGCAAGGUGCACCCUAUGGUUUCACACCUAUGUGUGACUCUCGCACCUCGAUGGAAGGCUUCCGCUUCUGGAAACAAGGAUAUUGGAAGAACUUCCUGCGCGGACUGCCUUACCAUAUCUCUGCUCUUUAUGUUGUCGAUCUGGUAAAGUUCCGUCAAAUGGCUGCGGGAGAUAGACUCCGUCAACAAUACCAUCAGCUUUCUGCAGACCCCAACUCCCUGUCAAACUUGGACCAGGAUCUACCGAAUCAUAUGCAGCAUGUGUUGCCCAUUCAUAGUCUACCACAAGAGUGGCUGUGGUGUGAGACUUGGUGUUCGGACGAGACGUUGGGUGUUGCGCGCACCAUAGACCUUUGCAACAACCCGCAGACCAAGGAACCUAAGCUGGAGAGAGCGAGAAGACAGGUUCCUGAGUGGACCAUCUAUGACGAUGAGAUUGCUGCACUGGCGCAGAGGAAGAUUGGAGAGGGUAAGAAUCCUAUUGCUGGUAACGCUUCUGGUGCUGGCAUUCAAGCAGAGAUGCAGGAGCAGGAUGCCAGGAAGCAAAAGGAAGAAAAUGAGAAGAAGGAAAAGCAAAAGGGGCACGACGAGUUGUAG